AAGCAAAAUUAAGGAAGCUACAGUACGAAGCUUAACCAGGGCAUGCCCAGCAACAAACAAGAAGAUAAACUGAACCCUGAAGGAAAGAAGAUAUUUUUCUUUUCUUUCUGGUUUAGGGUUUUGGGUAUAUACUUUCUCUCACUUUUUCUUUUAUUUUUUUUCUGAAAAAUGGCAUCUUUUCUCUCUCUCUACCCCUUCAAUACCACCCCUCCUUUGUCUUUGAACGUCUUUGACACCCACUUGAUCGUACAGUCUUUCUCAAGUUUGAUUGGAGAAGGAAUUGUUAAGCGGAGGAGCAGUGGGCACAGGUUCGAGGUGCGGUCGACGCACUCGAGUCCUAGGAUCCUCAAGUCCAACCGGAGGUCGCGCUACGGUCAGGCACUCUCGCCGUUUGACUCUGAUGAUGACGAAGAAGAAUACGACGGCGACGACGACGUCGUGGUGGAGGAUGAUUGGUCCUCGCCCAAUGAUGACUUUGCCGAAACUGCAGAAUUUGAUGUUAAUGGAAAGAGAGUUAAGUCCGAGAAUGGAUAUAAAACACGGAAAGGUAACCAGAGACAAUCAGAAAAAGACCGGGGCAUCGGAUCAUCCAUGUUUGGACAAAACCUCAAAGUGGAUGAAGACCAAUUGUACGUAAGAAAUGGCAAGAGCACCUUCCAAAGGAGUGACAUUGGAGAUUGCUAUCAUGAUUCAAAGAGAACAGAGGAAGUCAGAUCCUUAGACAUGAAUGGCAGAGGAAGAUUACAGUUGAUGACAAGGAAAUCCAUGGAGGGCAAAUAUCCUCGGCUAUAUGAAGAAAUAGAUUUGGAUAAAAGAUGUAUGCCCCUUCUUGAUUACUUGACCACGUUUGGGCUCAAGGAGUCGCACUUUAUCCAGAUGUAUGAAAGGCACAUGCCUUCCCUUCAAAUUAAUGUGUGUUCUGCUCAAGAAAGGUUGGAAUACUUGUUGAGUGUUGGUGUCAAACAUAGAGAUGUGAGAAGAAUACUUUUGAGGCAACCACAAAUUUUGGAGUACACAGUGGAGAAUAAUUUGAAGUCCCAUGUUGCUUUCUUGAUGAGUUUGGGUAUUCCAAGUUCCAGAGUAGGGCAGAUAAUUUCAGCUGCUCCCUCUCUAUUUUCUUAUAGUGUUGAGAAUUCAUUGAAACCCACUGUUAGAUACUUGGUUGAAGAGGUUGGCAUUAAGGAAAAAGAUUUAGGUAAAGUUAUACAACUUAGCCCUCAAAUUCUGGUUCAGCGCAUUGAUAGAACAUGGAAUACUCGUUAUAUUUUUCUGUCAAAGGAGUUGGGAGCUCCAAGAGAUAAUAUAGUCAAGAUGGUGACAAAACAUCCUCAGCUCCUCCAUUACAGUAUCGAUGAUGGAUUACUGCCUAGGAUCAAUUUCUUGAGGGGUAUUGGGAUGGGUGAUUCUGACAUCUUGAAAGUUUUAACGAGCCUUACACAGGUGUUAUCUUUGUCACUGGAGGAGAAUCUAAAGCCCAAGUAUAUGUACUUGAUCAAUGAACUCCAUAAUGAGGUGCGUUCAUUGACAAAAUAUCCUAUGUACUUAAGUUUGUCUUUGGACCAGAGAAUUCGUCCUCGCCAUAGAUUCUUGGUUGCACUGAAGAAAGUUCCGGAAGGACCAUUUCCUCUCAGUUCACUGGUUCCAACCGAUGAAUGUUUUUGUCAACAGUGGGCUGGAACCAGUUUAGAUACAUAUUUAGAAUUUCGGCAGAGACUACUGCUCAAGAAGUUUGCAAAGAAAUAUGAAAAGAAAGGAUAACACACUGCACUAAGGUGUGGCCUAUGUACUUGGUAGAGCAGUCUUGCCAUUAUCAUCGGCAACCAAAAACUUCUUUUUGCCAAUGUUAAUGAGGUUUUCUGGUUGAAGUUCAUCAUUGAUUUUUGUUAGUCUCAAGCAAGCAAAUGUUGUGCCAUGGUUCAAGGAUGCGGUAUUCAGCCCUAUAAUUGGUGCUGAUGCCACUCUUAUUGCGAAAUUGAUAUUUACGUUCUCGUUAAAGGCCCGCUGGGGGUUAUCUACAAAGUUAUGGCAAUCUAAAAGCAAGAUGACCAUGGAAAACUAUGUUGUGUGAAGGUCAGCUUUUAAUCCUUGAACAAGAAAGUGAAUGAUAAUAGAAGUUGCUUGUAGAAAAGUGCAUUUUACAAGGGACGGAUGGUGAUAUAUUCUAAUGGCCCUUUGACCUCAUGGCGCCUCCAUCCACCCCAUGUAUCAGACAAUGUGGGACAUCCAGGAUCCCAUUCCCUUAACUUCAGCUACCUAGAAAUGAAGAUAGUGGGUAUGUGUUGGAGAGGUUUUUUUUUUUU